CGCGCUCGGGGCAGCCCGUCAGUGUUUACCGCGCUGUCAGAGGGCGGCGAUGAGCUGGUUAAUGUUUACUGUGACCUCCGGCCGGCCAUGGCCGAGCGCUCUUACUAAACUAGCCCGCUGUUAUCUGUCUGCAGACGGCCGUGCAGGUAAAAUGGCCGCAGACUGGCUGUCCCCCGCCGAGCGCGAGCAGUUCCUCAUGGAGCUCAAGGCCACCGGAUGGGUGGAGGUCGAGGACCGCGACGCUCUUUACAAGGAGCUGCACUUCAAAACCUUCAACCAGGCGUUCGGCUUCAUGUGUCGAGUGGCUCUGCAAGCGGAGAAGAUGAACCAUCAUCCGGAGUGGUUCAAUGUUUAUAACAAGGUCCAGAUCACGUUAUCGACACACGACUGUGGAGGACUGUCAAAGAAGGACAUUCGACUGGCCAAAUUCAUUGAUAAGGUGGCUCUGUCCCUGUAGCUGCUCUCCCUUCUGGAACUUACGCUCAUUGUCAAAAUAUUCCAAAUCUUUUGUAUUGUAAAGAAGGAAAUAGUUCAUUUGUUCAUUCACACAGGUGUGUGUUUAAAAUCAUUUUUCCUUAUUCAGAUCUACAUGAUUCUGGUAAACGCAGAUGAUCCAUUUCAUAUUCAUUAAAUAUCUGAUGCAAUUUUAAAUGAUUGAUUCAUGCGCAUAUUUACAUAGAAAAACAUGUGCAUUGAAAAUGUGCUAUAAUUCAUCAUAUUCCAAACUACUAAGUAUAGUAAUGAAUGUCUGAUAAGUGCUAUGUGCAGCAGGACGGUCAAUUUCCGACGGACGCUUGUUCUCUGGUUCUCUGUGCCAUCUGCAGCCCUUCAAGACUGAACACAUACACUCUCUGUGCUUUAAGUUGACCGCUUUACUGAGCACUGUUGCCCGAGAGGAAGUAGCUGACUGCUCUCUGCAUAGGCAGCACUAAGGGAGCAUCCCAUCUGAAAUGUUGUCAGUAUGAAGUGCUCUGUGACGGCAGUCGCAUAAACAUGCUGCAGAUUCACACUCUUACAGAAGAGUUUGAUCAAAAAUAGACAACACAUUUGGGUUAGUUUUUUAAUUAGAGCUGUUUUAAUCAGUGCACUGCAGAAUAAAAUUAAUUUUACAUUUUUUUUACUGGGAGCAUUCUGGGAUUGACUAAUAUGCACGCUGUGUAGCCAUGACAAGCAUCUAGCAUCAAUGCAAGAAACCCUUUUUUUUUUUUUUUAAUCAGGUUAUUCCUCACUAAUGAUGUCAUAACAUAAUGAUUUGUCUACCAUUUGUAGUGAGAGCUGAUGUUAAAAUCCCAAAGUACUUUAAAAUGUCAGCAGACAGCUUGUACAGACCAAUAUUUUCCUUUUCGGAUUCUAAGCAUGCAGGAUUUUGACUGUACCACAUUUACUUGGGCUGCACACAAGAUCACAACACAUUUUCAUAAUUUCUUGGGAUGGGAAAGAGUGUACAAUAUGUGCAAGGGCGUCUUCCUGCCAUACUGAUGUGUGCACCUCAAUGAGCCGACAUAACGCAGACGGUUACGUGCGAUCUGGCAGCCUGAGCUGACGCUAAUGAGUGACAGCAGAAAACACCAGGCUCAGAUCAGGCUUGUGACCAUGGGCCACACGAUUGUUUUCUCAAGUAUUCCAAGAUUAUUUCUCAUGAGAAAGAGACGUUUAAGCAUUGGUAAUUAAGUGAAUGAUUGAAUAACAGAGCAAUUCAUAAUAAAGUGCAGUUCAAUCUAG